CAGUCACCGAGUUAGCAGCUCCAGCAGGAGGACGGACCCAGCUGGCCUCGCCUUCUCCGGGCUGGCAUUAGUAGAGAAUAGCGUUAGUGUGCGGUGACGCUGCUCAGGUGGAUGAAAGAGCAUCUAGCGGGCCUGUCAGUUCGGUAAACAGCUCGCUUGUUGUGUCGGAGAGGAACGGCCAUGGCUCUUAAGAUCGUUAAAGGGAGCAUCGAUCGGAUGUUCGAUAAAAACCUGCAGGAUUUAGUACGUGGCAUAAGGAAUCACAAGGAGGAUGAGGCGAAAUACAUCUCUACAUGCAUUGAUGAGAUUAAGCAGGAACUCAAACAGGACAACAUUGCGGUCAAAGCCAACGCAGUCUGCAAGCUCACUUACUUGCAGAUGCUGGGCUAUGAUGUCAGCUGGGCUGCUUUCAACAUUGUGGAGGUGAUGAGCUCUUCCAAAUUCACAUACAAGCGAAUCGGCUACCUGGCAGCCUCACAGUGCUUUCAUGAAAGCACUGAUGUCAUUAUGCUGACAACCAAUCAGAUCCGCAAGGACCUCAGCAGUCCAAAUCAGUAUGACACUGGUGUAGCCCUGACUGGCCUCUCCUGUUUUGUGACCCCUGACCUGGCCCGUGACUUGGCCAAUGACAUUAUGACGCUGAUGUCCCACACUAAGCCCUACAUUAGAAAAAAGGCGGUGCUGAUUAUGUAUAAAGUGUUUCUGAAGUACCCUGAGUCUCUGCGCCCCGCAUUUCCCCGCCUAAAGGAGAAAUUAGAGGAUCCUGACCCAGGUGUGCAGUCGGCAGCGGUUAAUGUCAUAUGCGAGCUUGCAAGAAGGAACCCCAAAAACUACCUUUCCCUGGCACCCCUCUUCUUUAAACUCAUGACCUCCUCUACCAACAACUGGGUCCUCAUCAAGAUCAUCAAGCUGUUCGGUGCCCUCACCCCUCUGGAGCCACGUUUAGGAAAGAAGCUAAUUGAGCCCUUAACCAACCUCAUUCACAGUACCUCGGCCAUGUCGCUGCUGUACGAGUGUGUAAACACAGUAAUCGCAGUCUUGAUUUCUCUGUCCUCUGGGAUGCCCAACCACAGUGCUAGCAUUCAGCUCUGUGUGCAGAAACUACGAAUCCUGAUUGAAGACUCGGACCAGAACUUGAAAUACUUGGGUCUGCUGGCUAUGUCCAAGAUUUUGAAGACUCACCCGAAGUCUGUGCAGUCUCACAAAGACCUCAUUCUUCAGUGUCUGGAUGACAAAGAUGAGUCCAUCCGUCUUCGAGCCCUGGAUCUUCUCUAUGGCAUGGUUUCGAAGAAGAACCUUAUGGAGAUUGUGAAGAAACUGAUGUUGCAUGUCGACAAGGCUGAAGGCACCACAUACAGGGAUGAGCUGCUAACCAAAAUCAUAGACAUCUGCAGCCAGAGCAACUACCAGUACAUCACCAACUUUGAGUGGUACAUCAGCAUCCUGGUGGAGCUUACCCGGCUGGAAGGCACACGGCAUGGCCACCUCAUUGCUUCUCAAAUGUUGGAUGUGGCCAUACGUGUUAAGGCCAUCCGAGCAUUUGCUGUGGCCCAAAUGGCAAUGCUGCUAGACAACGCUCAUCUCCUUACAGGCAACACGCAACGCAAUGGCAUCUGUGAAGUGCUCUAUGCUGCUGCCUGGAUCUGCGGAGAGUUCUCUGAACACCUGGAGGACCCAAUGCAAACACUAGAGGCCAUGUUGAGACCCAAAGUGGCCACUCUGCCUGGUCACAUUCAGGCUGUUUAUGUACAAAAUGCGGCAAAGCUCUUCGCUACAUUACUACAGAAACAUGAAGGCAAAGACAUCCAAGUUGCCCAAGAAGCCAGUCAGCUGCUUAUUGAGAGACUGCCACUUUUCGUCCAGAGUGCUAACCUGGAAGUACAGGAGAGGGCAUCCUGUAUCCUGCAGCUGGUGAAGUACAUUCAGAAGCUACAACAGAAGGAUGUGGAGGUGGCUGAGGAGGUGUCUGCCCUGUUUGCAGGAGAGCUCAAUCCUGUGGCCCCUAAAGCUCAGAAGAAAGUGCCUGUUCCUGAAGGACUGAACCUGGAUGCCUGGAUCAAUGAGCCUCCAUCUGAGAGUGAGUCCGAGGAUGAGAAGCCCAAGGCCAUAUUUGCUAAAGAGGAGCCCAAGCACUCUCGACCUCGUCACACUGAAGUGGAUGAGAAGGAGCUAGCAAGGAGAAGAGAAGCCAGGAAACAGGAACAGGCCAACAAUCCCUUCUACAUUAAAUCCUCCCCAUCCAGUCAAAAGGUAUAUCAGGACACGCCUGGUGUGGAGCACAUUCCAGUGGUACAGAUCGACCUCAGCGUUCCUCUUAAAGUCCCAGGCAUGCCCAUGUCUGACCAGUACCUAAAGCUGGAGGAGGAGCGUCGGCUAAAGGAGAAGGCAGAGAAAAAGAAGAAAGAUAAAAAGAAUAAGAAGGAAAAGCGAGGCAAAGGAAAGAGGGGGGAUUCUGGCCCUGAGAGUGAAGAAGAUAUCACUCCUGCUCAUCACGUGGACAUAGUCACAGAGGAGAUGCCAGAGAAUGCCUUACCAAGUGAUGAUGAUGAGAAAGAUCCCAAUGAUCCACACAAAGCCCUGGACAUUGAUUUAGACAGGCCCUUGGCAGACAGUGAGAAGCUACCGGUAAGGACACAUCGCCCUGAGUCUAUAAAGAGCCCUGGGACAGAUGGAGACAGCGAGGGUAUGCCUCUGGAUUCCAAGAAGAGGAGCAGCAAGGAGAGCAAAGAAAAGAAAAAGAAGGACAAAGAGAAGGACAGGAAGAAAAGCAAAGAGGAAGAGAAGAAGAAAAAGAAGAAAAAACACAAGCAUGAGGAAGAGGAGAAACCAGAGCUCCAGUCAGAAGAUCCAGCUCAAUUAGAAGAAGUGGUGGCCCCACCCACGGCUACAUCUGCUGAGGCCUCCGAUCUGGAUUUUUGGCUCUCUAGUGCUCCUGUUCCCCCACCUGUAAAGGAGGAAGUAGCUCUCUCACCGGCCCCGGCCCCAGAAGCAAGCCUGGCUGCAGCCCCAGAGUCAGAAUCAGAUGAGCCCAAAGAUGAGGCACCUGAGGAGAAAUCCACAAAGCAUAAGAAGAAGAAGCAGAAGAAGGAAAAAGAAAAAGAUGAGAAGAAAAAGAAGAAGCGGCAUCACCAUCACCACCGCCACAGUGAUGUAGGCGUGGGAGAUUCCGUACAGAAUGGUACAAUGGAAGAGGAGGAACCUCUGCCGCCUAUGUCAAACUACGGUGUUUUGGCCGAAAAUGAAUACAUUAAGAUGGUGUAUGAUAUUCAGGGAAAUUUGCAGGAUGACAGCUUGGUGGUGGUGUCAGUCAUCUUUGAAAACAAAAGCGACAGUUUCUUGAAAUCCAUGGAGUUUAACGUGCUGGACUCCCUUAACUCUAAACUGCAGCGGCCAGAGGGGGCUGGGCCUCACGAUGGGCUUGUUGUGCCGUUUCAACUGCCACCGGGGGUGUCGAAUGAGGCGCGCUUCGUUUUCUCAGUGCAGAGCAUAGUCAUGCCCCAGAAACUGAAGGGAACCCUCACCUUCAUAGUUAAGUCAGAAGAUUCCUCAACCCAUGAGAAACUGGAUUUUAAACUGCACUUUACUUGCACGUCUUAUCUGAUCACUACUCCAUGCUACAGUGAUGCAUAUGCUAAGCUGCUUGAGUCUGGGGACCUAAAGAGCAGCGCUCUCAGGCUGGAAGGAGUGAACAUGCCUUUUCACCACCUACUGGCACGAAUCUGCUUUCAUCACCAUUUCUCUGUUGUGGAGCAAAUCGACUCCUGUGCCUCCAUGUACAGCCGGUCAAUCCAGGGUCACCAUGUCUGUCUGCUGGUCAAAACUGCUGACCAGACAGUCUCUAUUGACGCUAAAUGUGAUGAGCCAUCACUGCUGGGAAACUUGCUGGAAGAGAUAAAGCAGACCUUCUCGCAAUGCUGAUUGUGUAUGAGAGACCAACGGUGCCCUUGUCUUCUCCUCUUCGGCCCUCCACUCACAAUCAUAUUCCCGCCGAGGCUAGUUUUCUCUCUUCUUCACCUUCCUUGUAUUUAUUGGAACUGUUCAAAUCAUCUUGUAUUUUUUUUUGAUCUUCUCUUUUUUUUUGAUCCGUCUUCCUGUGUGUCAGUCUCAGUCUGGUCUUCAGUCUGGCUAACGUGUUUUCACCACCCCAUUGUCAUACUAGUCUUGAAGUUCGUUUAAUUAACUGGAUCGUUUGUUGCUGUUGGAAAGGUUUUUGUAUGGUGUUGCAUUUUGUUUGUUGCCUUCAUUCCGUGCUGUAUCCUGUCUCCGUCUUCAUCGCUGCAUUAAAUCCAAGUGUGGUGUGUGAUCCUCUUCUGUCUGUGUGAAUGUGUUUGUGUGUUUGUUUUUCAAAGCUGAUUUUUCAGUUCAGUGCUCGUUACUGCACCCUCUUUUUGUUUUAGCCUUCGCUAAAUGGGUGGAUUUUCAGUUUGCACAGACCCGGCAGACAUGGUUCUAAAUAUGUACCCUAUUUUUGGACAUUAAGAAAGUGGCAAAGUCUGGGACCAUGUUUUAUAAACCUGUUACCAACAAUAUAAAAAAAUACAAUGUAUUCCUGACGGAUGUUUAUUCUUGUGUCUGCACACUGACAGAAUGAAGGAGACAGAACACUGUUAGUCAUUUUUGCAGAGCAUAGAGCUUUAUUACACACUAAAGAACACUGACAAAUUUCUUGAUGAUAAACAGAAUAUCAAAAUGCGAGAACUGCAUAUAAAGUAAUUGCUAUACGUCUCUUUUGUCUCUUCUGCUACUAAAUCUUGCCUAACAACUUAACAUGAAGAAAGCUUUAAAUUUAUUUGGGUUCUUGUUUUCUUAAAAAUUGGUGACCAAACCAAAAGUAUCAGUUGAAAAAUUAUCUUCAGUCAGUAUUGUUGUAACUGGUUUCUUUUCUCUUGCUAGAGAAAACUGAAGUCUUUUUCUGACUCUGCUCUCUGAAGCACCACUGUCCUCCUUUUUUUUUCUCUUUUUUGAUGUUUUUUAAACAUUGUCAAGAGACUCAUACUUGUUUGCUUGGCUGAUGUUGUAUUCAUUCAGGUGUUGUGGUGAAUGCCACAUUUUAUCCUUCCGUGUACCAUUUCCCACAACUGUCUGGAAAAUGCUUUGUGAUUGUUUUUCAUUUUGUUUACUUGGUUCAGCACGCUGUAGCAUCUGAUUGUAACACUUUAAUGAAGUAGUAGUCUUGUCUGAAAGCCCUAAAAUUAAGGUCUCUUGCACAGCUGUGUUCAUUUAAAGAGUACUAAGUACAUACAUUUUUUAACUAGUGUAUAUUGUUUAACGCAUCAAGCUUCUGUACAGUGGCAGGUGGCAAAAAAAGUGAAGUUAAGUGAGUCAAAUUGUUUUUACAAAAAUCAUGGUUUCUUGGCAGCUGUCCUGGAGCCCCACUGCCCCACAGUUUUAAGUGUUUCCCUGCUCCCAACCGACCUGGUUGAGCUUAUGAGAUUUUUAUCAUGACAUUAUAAGCUGAAUCAGGUAUGCUUAGAGCAAAGAAAGCUUAAAAAUGAAGCAGGGCAGUGGACCACCAGGGCUAACAUGGAGAAACUCUGAAAUAAAUAAGCCACCUGUAAGUGCACACACCAAGAUUCAUUCAUCAGUAACCAGGUGGAUCUUUUUGGUAAUGGAUUGUUAUCUACAGAUGGGUGACAUAAUAAAGGAAAAGACUUCACUGAUCUUUCAGCCCUGAGUUAUUAGGGGCCUAUUGAAUUUGUCACCUGUCUGUAUAUAAACACCAUAAACUAUAAACUACUAGAAACAACAGGGAUUAUUAAAAAAUAAUGAAGAGUGAUUUGUCUGUGCAGAGAUAUCUUGCAUGAGUAGGAAUGUAUCAUUUUGUUACUUUUGUUCAAGGAUACAUGCACAAAAACACCCUACCAUUCCUUUUACUGCAUUUUAUAGUCCUAUCUAAAACAUAAAAUUAAGUGAAAACUGACUUCAUCAUGCUACACUUUUGAUUGUAUAAUGUAUUGUCAUCUUUAAGUACUUGGAAAAGUUUUUCAUUUGUUUUACAUUCAAUAAUAUCAUAGCAAGGCCAGGGUUUCGUUGGUGUUUAAGAUGACGAUCCAAACCGAUGUGAAUAACCAGCUGUUGAAGGCAGUCCACACAUUUAACCCCCCUUCCCUCCCCAUAAACUGUAGCGCAGAUCUUGCUGGAUUUUGCUUCUAUCACUUGAUGUACUCUCAAUGCUCUUUAUUUGAAGGUACUGACUCAUUCACUAUGUAUUUUCUGAUUAUAUGAUGUAAUAUAAUGUUUGAAGAAUAAAUGACCGAAGAGAACCAGUGAUUUAUCUACAUUCCCUUUAAUGAAGAGGUUUACCCCCCCCCCAAACGAUAAGUCUAGACUGCUCUAGAGAUCUUGUGUGUGAUGGUGGUGUAACAAUAAAUUCCCACUUCUGAA